AUGGUCGACGGGCGAAAACAAAGGCCAAGUAGGGCUUGCACGUUUUGUAAGAAGAGAAAGAUUAAGUGCGAUUUGAGAACUCCAUGCUCUAGUUGUAUUAGAUACGGGUGCCUUGAAUGUAGGUAUACACAGCCUGCAAACAUAGGAGACAUAAGCAAAUUGCCCAUAAAAGCUGUUGAUGAUGACAGACGUACAAGAAUUGAAGACGAAGUAUCAACAUUAGACGAAAGGGUGAAAGAACUCAAAAAGUGGCUUGCGAAGGAUGUGAGAACUGCGGUUCUGGAAGAGUUGACAGAUACUUCCCACUUUGAGGUAGAUCAUAAGUUUCUGAAAAGGAUUGACAAGGUUAAUUUUCAUGACAGGUUCUUCUCAACUGAACUAGAGGAUUUACAAAUCACCACCAAAGGUCCUUUGUCAUGGUUUUCUCUUAUUAAAAUUGAUAUGUCUUUGAGCCAGCUUCAUUUGAAGUGUAUAAAACUGAUUCGUGAAACUUUUGACAGGUUAGGAACAGAGUUAGAAACGCAAGUUAGAGCAAAUAAGUCAAGGUCCUUAGACAGUUCAAGAAUAUUUUCCGUAACUCCAACUGAUUACAAUUCACUAGGAGUAGGAGAGUUGGGUAAUUACCAUGCCCAAUUCUUGGGUAACAUUACUGACUUACCGCUACCCAAUAUGAAAGUGAUCAAUUUGCUAGUUGAUAGAUUCUUUAGUCAUAUUCACUGCUUAUGCAAUUUUUUUAAUGAAAAAGACUUUAGAAACAAGUUAUCAGGAUUAUUAGACUUUAAAGACGCAGGCGGUGUGGAGAGUGUUAGUAUUAAAAUCAGUGAUAAUAAAGACUUUGCAAACCUAGGAUCUCUAUUGCUUGCGUUGAGACUUGGGUACUUAUCUUUGUUCACUUGCACAGGAGAAAUCAACAACAGUCGCCAGAACAACAAUAAUGUGGCUUUCUUGAUUGGGCAGCCAAUAUCUUCUGAUUUGGUUCAAAUCUCAGAGGACUUUUUGAAUUAUUUGAAAGAAAGAAAUGAAUAUUCAAUUGAAAUGUAUCAACUAGCACUCAUGCAUCUAUAUUAUCUACAGGUAGCCCCAGAAAGAGGCGACUCUAUAGAUAAAGGGAGAUCUCUGGUUCUUGUUUCGUUUCUCUUUGAAAUGGCCUAUUCAUUGGGAUUUGAACGUGAUCCAAACAGCAUUCCUGGGUCAACCAUGGAUAAUAGUGAAGCUGAAUUAAGGAGAUGGCUUUGGUUUUACUUGCUUUUGAUCGAUUCAAGGAGGUCUAUGGUCACUGGUGCCCCAUUAAAUUUUAAUAGGUUUGGAUUUGAUACCAAGGUCCCGGACCUUUCGAUCGUUGGAGGUGGAAGUACUGGAAGUACUGGGGCACCUUUAAGUUGUUACACUUUUUUUAAAUUUUCGGUUGAGAUCCUAGAAUCGAUACAAAAAGUAGGUGGCUGUAACGUAAAUGAUUUGAUGACUCUAUUGACUCCGAGGGAAAAUAAAUGGGAUUAUUCCAAGGUUAGGAAGCAGGUAUUUGACGUUAACUUUCUGAGUAAGCCAUUUUCAAGACCUUUGGCGCUAAAGGCUUAUCUUUAUGAUAGUACUUUUGUAUUGAGUUUACUAUUCCACCUUUAUAUUUUCUAUGAGAGAAAAAGAGAUGCGUCUCAAGGCCGUCAUUUGCUCAGGAAGCUUUUGAAGGUAAUCAGUGAUAUUCUAGGGUGUGUUUGUGAGUUUUUAGGGAAUAUGCAUAAUAUUCUCGGCGAUUGCAGUGAUCUUGUUGUUGGUCCACCUUUAGAGAUUCUGCUUCAUAAGUCCAUUUUAAUAUUGCUCGCAAUCAAUAAUAGGGUUAAUUUUGCCUUAAUUGACUCUGGUGCAAGAUCUAAGAAUGCCGAGGAUCCUCAUUUUACGUACACCGUAUCGACUUUAAAACGAGCCAAGAAUAUACUUGACCAGUUUAUUCAUUUGUCAUCAGCAAUCAUCUCUCACUUGGGCAAGAGGUAUAAUUAUGCUAAUUUUAUAGCACAAUCUCUCGAAAUAUUCAAGAGCUCAACAAGCUUGGAUCAAUUAUAUCUCUUACUGUCAGUGGAAGAACGCCUGUUUUUACUUGACCUAGACAUGGAUUUUAUUUCAACUCUCUGUUGCGACCUUGAGAUAGCAUUUAAGAUGAUGAGUGAAAAUUUCUCAUUUGAUUGCAUAUCUUUUCAAACUGCUCCAAAUUUGGAACGUGAGGACAACUUAAAGGAAACUUCUCCUGUUGAGAAAGAUGGAGCUUUUGAUUUCUUUACGGAAGAAAAUAUGAUGAAUUUCUGGAGGUCUCAGUUCUCUGAUAACUUAUCGCCAAGAGGAGAUCUUUUUUAA